CUCCUUCUCACACUUGUCAGACUCAACAUUAAAGUGCGAAGAUAUAUCGUCAAUGUCAGGGGCAGUCGGAAAAUGCAGCAGAAUCCGGCACAUCGUGAGGCUCCGCCAAAUGCUGCGGCGGUGGCGGAGCAAGGCCAGCGCCCGCAAGUCGGCCCCCCGGAUACCGUCGGAUGUUCCGGCGGGACACGUGGCGGUGUGCGUGGGCAGCAGCUCCACGAGAUUUGUGGUGCGCGCCACGCACCUGAACCACCCCGUCUUCAAGAACUUACUCCUUCAGGCAGAGGAAGAGUACGGGUUCGGCAACCAUGGUCCUCUCACAAUCCCCUGCGACGAAUCACACUUCCAACAACUCAUCCGCUUCAUUUCACGCUCCGAAUCCAACCGCUUCGACGACUGCCACCUCACCCUCCGAAACAACCUCGACUUCUGUCUCGAGUCUCGACCACUACUCCACUGAACAACCAAAACUAAACAUAUAUUUCUUUUUUCUUUAACACUUGAUCCGUGGAAUGCUUAGGAGAUGGCAAAGAGGUGACUAAGUGGUCCACCCCGUCGUCCCGAGUUCGAAUCGGAGUUUAGUUCAGUUCAGGCUUCAGGCUUCAGGCUUCAGGCUAAUGCUUUUCAACUUCUCCACUUUUUCAUUUUUCAUUUUUAUUUGUAAAUUAUUAUGUAUUUUUUGUUUCAUGCAUGCUGUUGGCUUUGGCUGGGGAGUAAUCAUUAAUGCAAAUUGAAUUGUAGAGAAAUUUCGAAUUUUACCGCGCUCAAUUAUUAUAGAUUGUCCAUGUGGUUGUUUGUGAGCACGAUGCAAUCAUGCAAAACAAAAAUGGGACUUGUGAUAGGAUGGCAUCAACCCACGUGAAGGAGAAACUUAACACACCCAAAACUUCUCCAACUAGUACACAUUUGUAUAUCAUGUUACCUCUUUAUUUCUCAUUUUUCAUCAACAAGUUACAAGAUUUUGCCUCUAUCAGGGAGAGGGACAG